CUAUGCCCUCUUCCGGCCGAACUGGGAGCGCCUGCAGCGUGUCCUCCCCCACAGCUGGAUAACAGUGCGAUAAAGGCUGGAAAACACACAUGCCCGUCUCAGCAUGCUUCUCACUCACUGUACCAGCACGCGCACGCAGUAACAGAGCGUGAAGGUGGAGGAGAGCUGCAAAUACAUUUAAAGGACAAUGAACGCGGGCUGAUUUCAGAGCCUGACUGUAUGACAAAGGGAUGGCAUCAAGCCAAUAGGAUAUCAGCUGAGGCCCCCUGCUGAGCUCUCUCCUGUUGGGAACAGAGGGCUCCUGGGAAAUGAAGGCCAGCAUGAAGCAGUGGCGUCUGGCGCUGGGGCUCAUGCUCACCUGGGCGCUGCUCUUCCUUGCCCUCUUCUCCUACUUCAUGGAGUCACGUGUGGAUGAGGCCAUGGCGCUCUCGCAUGCCGAUACGCGCCGCCUCACCUCUGUGCAGGGCAACACUCGCAGUGCUAUGAUGAUCCCUCGCCAGACUUUGCCUGCCACCUCAGCAUCCACAACCUCCAGAGCUCAAAAGGAGCGGAUACCCAACAGCGAGCAGGAGGCCUACGUUUACCCUGAUGAACAUAACCUAGCAACCUGGUCUGUAAGAUCACGCUCAGGCACUGCAAUUCACACUGUUGAAAAACAGGAAAGCAACCAAACCUUUUCUCAACUGGUAGAAGAGGAGGACGAGGAAGAGGUGGUGGAAAUGAUUGAUGAGGAAGACAGGAGCAGAAGGAAUCAAAGAAAAACCAACAAUUGGUUUGAUUCCAAUCCAGAGGAGUUUUACACUAUUAAGUCAACGUCAGUGGUGCAGCGUUUGUGGCAGGGCAGGGCCUCACUGGACAUGCUCAGUCCACGCUUGCAGAAGGCUGUAAAAGACUACAUGAACGUUAAUAAACAUGGAGUGUCCUACAAGGGCCGACGGUCAGCAGGGAUGAGUAGGACACGCCUUCUGUGUGAGAUGAAGAGGAAGGCCAAAGUGAAGACACUGAAUGGGGAAGAGCGACCCUUCUCUUCACUGGGCUGGCAGAAGAUCGUACCUGCUUUGCCCCUUGAGCGCCUCUAUGGCCCAGGUUUCGGCUCCUGUGCUGUAGUCACCUCAGCUGGUGCCAUCCUCCACUCCGGACUGGGAAAGGAGAUUGAUUCCCAUGAUGCUGUUCUGAGGUUUAAUUCAGCCCCUACCAAAGGUUAUGAAAGAGACGUUGGGAAUAAGACUACCAUUCGUGUAAUCAACUCCCAGAUCCUGGCUAACUCCAGGCACCAGUUCAACAUCAGCUCACUGUACAAGAAUAUGACACUGGUGGCCUGGGACCCUGCGCCCUACACUGUCAACCUGCAUAAAUGGUAUAAGAACCCGGACUACAACCUGUUCACUCCCUACAUGAAGUACAGGAAGCAGUUUCCUGAUCAGCCUUUCUACAUUCUGCACCCCAAGUUUAUCUGGCAACUAUGGGACGUGAUUCAGGCCAACACCCUGGAGAACAUUCAGCCCAAUCCACCUUCAUCAGGGUUCAUUGGCAUCUUGCUGAUGAUGUGGUUAUGUGACGAGGUUGACGUUUACGAGUACAUUCCAUCUCUAAGACAGACUGACUUGUGCCAUUACCAUGAGCGCUACUACGAUGCUGCAUGCACACUGGGAGCCUAUCACCCUCUGCUCUAUGAGAAAGUACUCAUCCAGCGCGCCAACUCCGGAUCUCAGAGCGACCUUCGGAGGAAAGGCAAGGUCACACUCCCUGGCUUUAGGACCAUCCACUGUAACCCCUGAACUGCUCCCUGGAGGAAAGGUUGCAAUAAUUGGAAAGCAGGUUUGAGGUUCACCUGCAGGUAGUCCACAGAGAUAGACUCUGCUCUUUUGGGCAAUUUUUAGUUGCGUUCUCUGAGCCUUGUGUGAUGUAGAGGUCAUUGGGUAGCAAUAGGUUUGUGAUAGAAAAGCUGUUUUUAGGUAUCUGGUGAUUUUGCUGUAGCUAGCCAUCAUAUGACAAGACUGAUGGUGUUUGUGUGCCUGUGAUGGAAUUGAAGAAUAGUCAUUAACAGUUAAUGUCAGCAUUAUAGACACACACACACACACACACACACACACACACACACACACACACGUAAUAUUAAUUAAUGCUCUUACUAAAAAAGGAAUAAUUUUUUUAUUGCUAUAAUGAAAUAUACUCUUUUACCAGUGAUGGUACCUGACUUUGAAUAGUAUUUGGAGUGGAUAUUGCUUUCUGUUGUAUUACAGUUUUCUCAGCUGUUCACAAAUGAAAAAAUGUGGUGCAUGUCAGAGUUCUGCUUGGUCUGUGCCAUAUAUUGUCUAUAUUGUAAAUGACAUAACGUUUCUCUCUUGAAUGUUAAUUUGCCAUGAAAUGAUUGUUGAAUGACAACAUACAGGUGAAAC